CCUUGUUCUCGCUUUACUUCGAGCACAGCUUCGGAGACGAACGUGAGGAAAGCAUGCAGCGAAGCCCGUAGCGCACAGCGCCGAUCCUGUUCGCAGAGGCGAUGGAGAACCGCAGCACAAUGUUGCCCGCUACUAGCGGCUUCGGUGACGUGUCUAACAGUGCUUCUUCUGGCUACGUGCAGCACCGGCGCGAGGCUGAACGUGUUUCUGUUCGCCAGGCGUCAAAACACGUGUUUCGCCGACCCGCUGUCGUCACGAAUCGGAGACCGGGCGUUGUGCCCGUUCACGAGGACCGUCGACUCGCAGGCAGGCCGCAUUCCGGCCGCCAUUCCGACGGUGAGGUGCAACUGCCCCGGCAGCCGAUGCAGUCAGAUCAACGACUUUCGCUGCCAAGAGGUACGCGAAGUGCUCCAGGUUGCCUACACAGAAAACGCCGGACCAACGACGUUCCGAAACGAGACGUUCACGGUGGCCUGUGCCUGCAUCACCAGCAAAACGGGGCGGGCAGUGUCAGACCGGCUAACAAGGGUCGAGGACCACCCCAGCAGCCCUUACGGCAACCGAGUGCGGGACUUCAGGUGGAAGUACGCCGUGAGGCAGUAGAACAGGCUUCGAGGACUUGUCAGCGCGCCACCUACUGCGGCACCACAGCAUGCCCCCGGAGAGCAAGAAUGACUAUCUUAAUACAAGCCGUGGAUACGAACUCACCUACAAGGUUCUUGUGACGUCGGUGAAGGAUAUGGUUUGACUUGAGGCUUAAUAUACGGUCUAAUGCUUCUGCCUGAUCGACUUGUUCAUGGAGUAGCUACGGCAUAGACAGGAGGAGCACUAUGUAGAGAGCGGCCUCGAAGAAAACCGGUUUAGACCCUUCAGGUGGUUCUACCGGGUUUAAACGCAACACCCUUGCACCUUAUAUAAGGGUCUUUUUACGCAUAGUAAUAUGCAUACCACGCUCUCUUCUCAAUGGCCUAAACGCUCUUACCAAUGUAAGACAGUGAAACGAUAGUGUACCCGUCAUAGAGCCUGAAAUUACAGAUCAAAUUAGCACAGAAUAUGAAGGUGCGCGCCCAACUAUGUGCACAUCAUAGCAUAUUGGAAGUUACCCCAGGGACGGUGUGUUCGCGCUACACAGUUACACCGACCAUGCAAUAUAUAUAGCCUUAGUACCUCAAGCCGCUGUUGAGUGCCGAUAUUGAGGCUGCCUGCCUGAAAAUCUUUGGAAGCCUAGAAGCAAAUUAAAGCUCUCUACUUCCACCACUGUGUAGUUGACAUAUUAACUGCUUUGGAACUCCAACGUGCGUCCGUGGAAUUAGUAUGCCUUGAGAACUCAGUGUUGCCCGAUAUACAUACGUGUCAUUAAAGCGUAUACAUCAUACCA